AUUGGGGCCGGGCCAUAUAGCGUCUCUUGCUCUUCAGCUUUAAUGGCGUGAGAGACCGUACCGGGUGGGGGUGUAUGUGUGUGUAUCUACGGUCCCUCAGUAAACCGUAUGUAAAAUCCUUCAAUCUUUGCAUGCUUCACCAACUCCUCUCAAAGAAAACCCAGGACCCAAAUGAGAUGAUUUUUAUCGGAAUGAAAUGCGAUCGAAAUGUUUCUCACAACAUCACAAACAAAAACCACAUUCAUUUCGAUUUCUGAGCAACACCCAGAUGAUAGAAAUUGGUAAUCUCUUCUGGGUAUUUGGUAUUUAGCGUUUGUGAAUCACUGUCUGGUGUGGGUUUUCUGAUUCCGGGGAUUGAAGGGUUUGAUUGGUUUGUGGUCUCGUUCUCUGCUGCGUGUGUUUCUAUUUUUGUUGUUGUCGCUUCUUGUUGUUUGUUUGCUUGUUUGAUGUUUGAAAGAGUUGAGAUUGGAGAAAACAUGAAGAAUGAUGAAGAGCUCGAAACGUUGUUGGGCGAGAUCCCUUAUGCAACAUCACGCAAUAUCCAUCAUAAUCAUCAUCUGCAUCAACAACGCAACGAUACUCAUCGUGUCGGCCUUGGCCAUGGGCCUUUGGUAAGUCAGAAAACUCAGGGCAUGUAUGGUAUAUGUUAUGAUGACCCUUCAUGGCAUUAUAAGCAUACAUGUGCAUCAUCUCCUGUUAGUGGGCUGUCUUUGCAUUCAGAUGGCUCUUCCUCAACCUUAUGCUCUGGCGGGAAUUCUUUCUCUGACAAUGGAUCACCUACCCCACCUCCAUUAGAAGAGCCUAAACCCCAUACGCCUUUCCACUACUCAGAUGGAUUAUGCUUGGAUUACAAAAUCCCCGAUUCAUCUAUUAGGACGAAGACCGACGAGAGUUUGAUUGAUGAACUGAGUCUGUGUAGAAAUUUUAGUGAAGUGUAUAUUGGCAACGGAAAAGAGCAUUUUUUAAAUUUAAGAGAUUACUUGAUAGACCGGGAUAGGCAUCUCUAUCGUGAUUGUUCUUCCAGUGGGAGUAACCAAAUUAACACCGAUGAAUAUGGGGACUACAGCAAUGUCGGGAGAGGAUUUUCUAAUUAUAUGGGCCUUCAAUCCCCUGUUCCAUUAAGUUCUACAAGUUCUGAUGGUCAGAGGCGCUCGACAUUGUCCGGAUUGCAGCAAGAAUAUGAAAGGGCUAAUUCAUUGGGGUCGAGAUUGUCCCCCAGACAGCCCGAUAAUUUUUUACCUCAGUUCAAUUACUGCAAUAGCUCGAUGAAAUAUCCGAGGCAGAAAACAAAAGAGCAGACAGGAAAGUAUUACCUGAGAGGGAGUCCGGUAUCGAAUCUUACCACUUCUUUGAGUGGACUGCCAAUGGUUGAGUCUCUAUUAUAUGCAAGACAAGAUGGGAUGAAUUUAAAUGAAGAAAGAGGUAUAUUGACUCUGGCCAAUUCUCCUGCAUUGACUAACCCGAGGCCUCCUCAUCUGAGUGUUGAAAACAUGCUACCCUUUGGCCUGCCACUAUCUAGUGGAAGGACAAUGAUUUCUCCAAACCUGAGCAUCCCACAAGCUGGUCUCGAGUCUGUUACUGGCGAGGAGAGCUUCAUUUUUCAAGGUGAGGCUUUAAAUCAUGCAGGCAGCAAGGGAUUUGAUCGUUCAAGGGGUCAGAGUAAGGGAACCUUGCAUGAAAUUGGUGCGAGCAAGCAUGUAGGAAGGUCACAUCUAGAUGGUCGGCAUCAAAGUGCAGGAAUUUGUGAUAAUGCUCGGAGUACUAGGAUAUGUUGCCCAUUCUCUCUACCUCCUAGUUAUAACUCCUUGGCUGAUGCUCAAGGCUUCAUCUAUUUGCUAGCAAAGGAUCAGCAUGGUUGUCGAUUUUUGCAAAGGAUAUUUGAUGGGAGUACUCCAAAAGAAGUGCAAAUUGUAUUUAAUGAGAUCAUCGACCAUGUAGCUGAACUUAUGAUGAAUCCCUUUGGGAAUUACCUCAUGCAGAAGUUUUUGGAUGUGUGUAAUGAGGAACAGAGAAAGCAGAUCCUGCUCAAGGUAACUGAAGAACCAGGGCAGCUUGUCAGAAUCUCUUUAGACCCCCAUGGAACUCGUGUGGUACAGAAGGUUAUUGAGACUCUCAAAACCAGGCAUGAGAUCGCACUGGUGAUAUCGGCCCUUGAACCAGGGUUUCUUGCUCUUGUCAAAGACCUCAACGGAAAUCAUGUGGUCCAGCGUUGCUUACAAUGCCUUGGCAUUGAGCAUAACAAGUUUAUAUUUGUUGCUGCUGCAAAGUAUUGUGUUGACCUUGGAACUCAUCAACAUGGAUGCUGUGUUUUACAACGAUGCAUCAGUCAUUCAACUGGGGAGCUUCAAGAAAACUUGGUUGCUGAAAUAUCUUCCAAUGGACUUCUGCUUGCUCAAGAUGCGUAUGGAAAUUAUGUCGUUCAGUUUAUCUUGGAGUUAAGAAUCCCUUAUGCCACUUCAAAGUUGACCUCCCAAUUUGAAGGGAACUAUGUGAACCUCUCAACACAGAAGUUCAGCAGCCAUGUGGUUGAGAAAUGUCUUGAUGUAUUCAAUGAUGAAAUCCGAUCAAGAAUCAUUUAUGAAUUGCUCUCUGUUUCACACUUCGAACAGCUGCUCCAACAUCCACAUGCGAACUACGUUGUUCAAACAGCUCUUCGCGUUUCUGAGGGUCCUGCACACAAUUUACUGGUUGAAGAAAUCGAGUCCCACAAAGCAAUUUCACGCAACAGCCCGUAUUCUAAGAAGAUUUUCUCUCAGAAGCUUUUGAAGAAGUGAUAAAUUUUAAUCUGUAAAGUCUGAUGCUGAUAACCGGACAAAGAAUUCAUGUUCAGGACUGCACAAAAUGGCCUCCAUGUGCUGACCUGAGUGGGGAAGAUAAACCAAUUUUGCUUCCAGUCUAAUCCUGGACAUCAUGUAUUUUUUUGUUGUGUUGUUGACCUAUGUUUUGGAUAUUUUCGUUUCGUUCAUUGUCGGACUUUCACUGUAUUUUUGUACAGUAUAAAUCGUUUAGGAUCCGGUUGCUGUUGCUGUUGCUGUUGCUGUACAAAUUCGGAUGCUUUUUCUGUCA